GUUGAAAGGCAUGCAUAGGUGAGUGGUGCCAGUGGGCUUCAAACCAGCUGGCGCCUUGAGGAAAGGUUAGCAUGCCUGCUCAGUUAGCCUUUGAUGUGGAAUGUGCCCACAAUUCUUGUCCAUAAAGAUCACCAUGGACACACAUCAGUAGUUCUACUGAGGGGCUGACAUUUCAGUCUGUCUGUAUGAAUACUGUCAGAGUCUGACAUGCUUUAGAAGAAGCACUCAGUGUGUUAAGAGUUUUUUUUUUUUUUUUUUUUUUUUUUUUUUUUAAAGCAGCCAUUUUGGCUGUAACACUUACCAGUUUCUUGUCAUUAAAAUGGUAUUAGGGAUAUUCAGCAGAGUGUAAAUGCCAAACAGUAAAGGCCAAGGAAUCUGUAGAGGCCUACCAUUACGCACAAGCGAUAUUAAACAUGACUGAUUAUGUUAGGUAACCUAAUACUUAAUAACCUCACAGGAUCAUUACUGUGGACUGAUUGACAGUACGAUAUUAAGCGUCCUUUGCUCUGAGGAACAGUGAACCGUACACGGUAUAGUAAGUUCGCCAGUAGAAAGUGCCAUUGUUGUGAACACAUACCUCUACUCCCCCUGUUCCUCUGGGUCAGCAGCCUCUGGGCUACCUCUGCCCUCGGAACAAGUGAUAGAAAAGACAGAGAGGAGGGAGAGAGCCUUUCAGUUAGAGUAGAGGAAAGGAGGGGCGAAAGGGAGUGUUGAUUACGAUAUUGUCCAACAGUGACGAAUAGAGAUAACCGCACAACCUGGACAUUCUUAUGAUCUUACUCAGACUGGAAGAGCCUUUGCUGUCUUCCUCCUUCUGCCUUUCAUUUUUUUUUCUCUCCUUCCUGAUAAAAGGGGGCGUGCUCCUGUGUUUACACGUGCUUGUGUGAGGCGGGGUGGGGACAGGAGCAGCCAACGGCUCACUUGCCCGCUCAGCCAGUGUGUGUGUGUGUGUGUGUGUGAAUAUGUAGGUAUUGAUCUAUGCAGAGAUCUCUACUUUCCGGAGCUGCUGGAUCCAACCUGUGGAUUGAAUGAUUGAUUGAUCAGGAUCUCAGUUGGAUCAGAGGACUAUAGGUGAUCGGAUGAGCUAUGGGCUCUCUCCGUGGCAGUAAGGAGCGGGGUUGGGGAGCGGUCUUUCGGCCCGGCCUGGAGGUGUUUGCACUGAGGGCCCUCUGGGAGGAACGUGGGCUCCAGAUCAACCGCAGGAUGUCCCGUCUGCUGGAUGGAAUCAGAAUAACCAGCUCGGUUCUGUGCAGAGUCAUAGACCUGAAACCAGCACACACCUGCCUAGUGGAGUCGCCACGGCUGUCCACGGCUUCGGUCGGCAGCAAUGAGCGCUCGUCCACGGCGACGCUGUCGGACUGCGGCGAGGUGGGCGUGGGGCAGCGACCGGUGAGCCUGGUGUCCACGCUCUCAUCUGGCUCCUCAGGCUCCUCCCGCGACGACAGCCCGCCCUGUGGCGGCGCCCCGCCGGACGUCGACCUCGACCUCUGCCCCCCGGACCUGCCCCAAGCCCGGCAGCAGUGUAACAACAACAACGCGGUUGCCUCGGAAACCACCGAAGGAGGAGUAGGUCACGGCCAUCAUCAGCCAGCACCGCUCUCGCCGUUCGCCGCCAAAGCCAUGGCGCCCAAUCCCAAGCUCACGUACCUGGACCGCGUCAUCAUGGAGAUCAUCGAGACGGAGCGCAUGUAUGUGAGGGACCUCCGCAGCAUCGUGGAGGACUACCUGGCCCAGAUCAUAGACACAGGUGACCUCCCCAUCCGACCAGAGCAAGUGUGUGCUCUAUUUGGAAACAUCGAGGACAUCUACGAGUUCAACAGUGAUCUGCUCCAGUCUCUGGAGAUGUGUGAUAACGACCCUGUGGCCAUUGCCAGGUGUUUUGUGCUCAAGAGCGAGUACUUUGAGAUCUACACACAGUACUGCACCAACUACCCAAACUCUGUGGCUGCUCUGACAGACUGCAUGAGGAAUAAGACUCUGGCUAAGUUCUUCCGGGAGCGUCAGGCCUCCCUAAAGCGCUCCCUUCCUCUGGGCUCCUACCUGCUCAAGCCCGUACAGAGGAUCCUCAAGUACCACCUGCUGCUACAGGAGAUCGCCAAGCACUUUGACCCUCAGGAGGAGGGCUAUGAGGUGGUGGAGGAGGCCAUCUACACCAUGACCGGCGUGGCCUGGUACAUCAACGACAUGAAGAGGAAACACGAGCAUGCUGUCAGACUGCAGGAGGUGCAGUCUCUGCUGAUCAACUGGAAGGGGCCCGACCUCACCACCUACGGGGAGCUGGUCCUGGAGGGCACGUUCAAAGUGCACCGUGCCAAGAACGAGCGCACGCUCUUCCUCUUCGACCGCUUGCUCCUCAUCACCAAACGCCGCGGCGAGCACUACGUCUACAAGACAUACAUCUCGUGUUCCACCCUCAUGCUGAUCGAGAGUGCCAAGGACUCGCUGUGUUUCAGCGUCACACAUUACAAACAUCCCAAGCAGCCGCACACAGUGCAGGCCAGGACGGUGGAGGAGAGGAAGCUCUGGUCUCACCACAUCAAGCGCCUCAUCCUGGAGAACCACCAGGCCAUCAUACCACAGAAGGCCAAAGAGGCCAUCCUGGAAAUGGAUUCCAUGUACCGUAAGUACCGCUACAGCCCGGACAGAAUGAAGAAGGCCACUUCCUACCAGUCAGAUGAGUUCCCCAAUGGCCGCCAGGGACGACGGCAGUCUGAACCGACCAAGCAGAUUCUGAGGAGCGCCAAAGCUGUUCUCAAGCAUGCUGACAGUGAAGGGGCGCUACCAGCCAGCUUGAGGCCCAUGCAGCACGCAGCAAGCAUCAGCACUCUGGCCUCAAGUAUAGGCGAGUCUGAGGCUGAGAGGCCCAGCAUGGAGGAGGAGGAAGAGGAGGAGGAGGAAGAAGAGGAAGAAGACGACUCUCUGGAGAGGCUGAGCCCCAGCGACUCCGAAGAGCCUGUAUCCAGGGCGACCUCGCGCAAGCGUGGGAUUAGCCGGGGCGAGGCUGAGGAGCGGGAGGACGUUUUUGAGGAGGGAAGUGACCCAGAUGAAAUAGUGAUGGAGGACAACCAGGUAGCGGACUUUGCCAGCUCCAUGCUGGAGGCCAUCUCCUGCUGGCACAAUAGGGCCCGGGCUUUGCUUUCCUUGGGGGGCACAACGGAUGAAGAGGGGGAGACUAACCGGGAGAAUGGCCAGACCGUAGGACAGGAUGAAGCCAAGCACUCCAUUGAGGAGUCUUCUGCUCCUGAACAAGCACCUCUAGGCACUAUUCUGCAACCUGAAAAGUCAAACUCCCCUGCGGAGGUAUCUGAAAGACCAGAGCAAGAGCAUCCCACACACCCAGUAUCACCCUGCAAAAGUCCUAAACCACCUGAUGACGGCAAGGGCACCCAUAAUACUCCCAAGCAUGAAAGCAACACAGUAGGGUCCAAGGAGAACAUUACUGAGGUGGUGCCCAGACAAGAAAAUAGCCCUGGACACUCAUCAGAAGAGGACUUAGGAGAGGAUGAAGAGGAGGAUGAGGAUGAAGAAGAGGACCAAGCAACAGAGAGUGAGUCCACUAGCAUCCUGCCCCCGUCCGUGCUCGACAAGGCCAGCGUCAUAGCAGAGCACUUCGUCAGCACCACCCGCAGGAGCAGCACCACCAUGGACGACGUCCGCUCCCUGGGCUGCCCCUCCCCACGCAUCCCAAGUAGGACUGGUAGCACACUCAGCCUGGGAGGGGAGACCCAAGAGUGGAGCCACAGGAUGAACAACCACUGCACUGAAUGCCUUGGGGUAUCAGUGUCCCAUGACACCCACACAGGAGUGGAUGUGACCAUGCUCUCUCCCCGAGAGGAUAACUUGUUUGACUGCAUCCACCGAAGGAGAGACUCAACCUUGUCCAAGAAAGACCAGCUGCUUAUUGAUAAGGUCAAGAGCUACUAUGAGAACGCUGAGUACUUACACGCUGGCUUCUGUAUCAAGCGUAGAGAGAGCCUCACCUACAUUCCCACUGGCCUUGUGCUGAGCUCUGUCACCAAGCUCAAUAGCCUUCCCAAGGAUAACGCUGCAGAGAUGAAGGCGACUUCAGGUCUCACGGGUUCCUCUGUCCCAAACUCUGAAACUGCUCCAGAUUUUUCACAAACCCUUUGUUCCGAAAGGAGGGAGCACAUGGUGUCAAGCGCAUCUUGUGACGCUGUGGAUUUUGGCAAGCGGAGAGUGUCCGAGAGGUCGGAAGAUGGGAGCGUGGUGUCUUUGGACUCCCUUAGAGGGAAAGCCAAGUGCCAGAGCCUGAGGGAUGUAGCCAUGCCGGAUGAUGAGUUCCUCCCAUCCUCAGAUAUGAUCAAAGUAUGGCAGGAGAUGGAGAAGGAGCUCACUCAAACUCAGGAUGAGAUAAGAGGGAUCCCUAGACGCAGAGAUGCUCACCGUCUCAGGGUAGCGAGCCCCAACAUGUCUAGGAAAGCCCAGCCAUUGAGAACAACCCCAGAAACCGAUAGUGUAGAACCUUUGAUGAUCUUGGAGGAGUCUGACCUGAGCACCAUUACAGAGGAAUCAAUCUCUCCGUCACCCGUCAAAGGUCGGGGCAUGGUUCUGGGGCGAUCGGUAAGCUUGGGUGAUUGUCUCUUUCCCCUGGAGCCUGAGAGGAGACUCCGCAGGGCUCCGGUCCCAAGGGUGAUUCAGCUGAGAGCGGAAGCUGAGAUGGAGGUUGCAAAAGGGGAGCCAGAGGAGGAUGAUGGUGAUGCAACCCAAAGCAAAGUCUUCCAUUUGGCACGGAAGUACAGCCAACGCAUCAAGUGCACUAAACCAGUGGUCCGGCAGAGAAGCCAGGAAACAGAAGGGAUGCUGACAAAGAGGAGCCUCUCAUGUGUGCUAGAGGAGAGACCAGAGAAGGAAGGAGGCAAACCAAACUUGACUCUGUCCUUGGACUUAUAUUAUCCAGUGAACCACCAGGAGGUGGCCUCCAGAGCACCGAUUGGCUCCCCCAGUCCUGUCCACACCCCCAACUCCCCAAGUCCUCGGAUCCUCUCCCCCAGCCGGCCUGUCUGCAAGAGCCCUCUGAGCCCCACACCGGUGGAGGGCUUCAAUUGGCCGGACGUUCGAGAGCUGCGUUCAAAGUACGCCCACCUGGAUAAGGUGGCCACAGGCUCACAGCCUGUCUCUGUGAGCCGUAGCAGCUCCGUCCCAGAGAAGAUGGACUGCGGGUCACGAAGAGGUUCCAGCUUCUCCAACAUUGUUCUCUCGGAGGCAGCAGUGUCCAGAUUGCUCCCCAGCCGGGAGCCCGAGGGAGUGCAGGGAAGGCAUCGCACUGGGUCUUUGGACCAGAGGCUGAGCCACCUGCACUUAAACAAGCUGCAUGGCCUCCAGAGCAAAACCCCAAGCAGCAGUGGGUACUACGUUUCUGGGGAAGCCAUGCUGCCCAAUGACAAAAAGCUGAUCGUCAUGGAGAAAGUCUCCAGGGAGCCAGUUGCCGUGGAGAAGGCUUCCACAGAGAGUGUGGCCGUGGCCAGUCAACCACAGGCUGCCACUGAAGUGCCAUGGGCACUGAAAGAGAAGGUGGACAUGGACGAUAGUUACGUGCAGAUCCGCUCCCCAACAUCUCGAGAAAAGAUUUCCAUCAUGGCCGUCAUCGACCGCUGCCGAGCCUAUCAGGAGUCAGAGGAGUACAGGCUGAGGGAGGAAAGUGCAGCCAAGGCAGAGCAGCCAGACAGUAGGAGCGGGAAAGGGAAAGACACUGACAAGAAGGUGACCUCAAGUGACCAACUCGACGAGGCGCUGAAAACCGCCAUCGACUCAGGGAGGAAGGCAGACAUGAGUCAGCAGAACGUAGUGAAGAAUCUCAGAGAGCGGUUUCUGAACCUGAGAUAAAGACAUUUUUACGAGGUUUUUAAGGUUUCUGUCUUUCAAAGGAGAAACAUCACAGACUCUUUAAAAAGGGGCCCAUUGGCAUGGUCUGUUUUUGAAGGUCCUCUUACUAUUUUAUGUAAGUGAAUCCAAAAGUAGACCCUAAAGAUGGCUGAAAGCCUGUGAAUUAGUUUCACUUCAGUGUCAAGGACUGGUGUUGUUUUGGCAUAAAGUGUACAGGAGAUACAAUAGCAUAGCUUGCUUGCUUAGCUUGAAUACACACACAUGCCACAUAUCCACGGUCAGUCCCAAAUUCAUUUAUCGGUCCUAUAUCCUGUGAUAAUGAUGAAAGCUUUUUAAACAUCUUGAAAUUGUGGUGUAAACUGUUGAUGGGCCUGAUAAAAUAUCAAUAUGUAGUUUGUAUAGAGAAAGAGUUAACAUGCCUCUAGAGCAUUCAACAGUAAUGUAACUCUGAAGGUGCUUCAAAAAUAAUAGAGUAGUUCUCAGUAUUCCCAUGCAUGGCGUGCAUUUUCUUUAUUUGUUUCAGGGUGUUGCUUUACAUGCCGGAAGAGACAAACAAGAUGCAAUUCACAGGAAUAUUGAGAAAAAGCUCUAAAAUCUUACAGCUCUCUGUAGAGCUUUUAGAUUCGCAUCAUUAUGAUUUUUGAACUUCAUAUCUGAGAGAAGUAGAGGAAUGUUUUGGACAAUGAGAGACUAUUUGUCAGAGUGCAUGAUGUAAUAUAGACUGUAAAUAGGCAUUGUACUGUACAGAUGUUAAGCUGCCAGUUCUAAAAAAAAAUGUACAUAUCUCCUAAUGGCUGUCACGCAGGCCAACUUGUUUGUUAUUUGGGGAGAAUACACUAAGACAUUCCCUUUUCUGUUUUUACUUUUGGUUUCUGUUUGAUUGCGUUGUAUUGACGAGCAGCAUUGUGAUGUUAAACAUCCCACACCGGUCUGGAUCUGCUGACUAGAGAACUAACACCAGACUGGCUCAUCUCAUGCCAGACCAAAAGUUGUCGACAUCCAAACAUUCACUUUAAGUGAAAAGUCACAAGGUUAUUGCAUUCCUGUGUAAUUUAGAGACUGUGGUUGAUAAGUGUCUUACGUUCAUUUAAUUCCGGGUCACCCUUGAAUAAAUCAAUCAAGGUCACCUUCUAGAAUUUAUGUCACUCUCAUGCCAAACUCAUUAUGCAUUGAAAACCUGUGGCAGUGACAAAAUAAUAAAAAAAGGGGCCAAUCCAUACUUUUCAACAGACAGACAAAUGGCAACUCUGAUGUCAUUUUGUGUGUGAAGGCCAUUUAUUCAUUUUGUGAGGACAGUCAAAGCUGUUUGGAUGGCAUGUCCCUCCUUUCCAACUUUUCAGUAAUCUGAAUAUGCUCCUCAGUAUUUGCACAGUUAUAAUGUACAACACUUUAGACUGUCCCUGCUUCAAAUGAAUUUAUUAUAUAAGAGUGCUGGACACACACCUUGCUUCAUUAGCCUUUAUUUGUGGUGUAAUGGACACGCUAUCACAAACUCUUCCUAGAUUUAGCAUUCACAUUCCUGUAUCCUGUUAGCAGGUCUGUGCUCACAGCUGGGACUCUUAGGUUCUGUAUGGCAUACUUACUCUAUGAGGGGUUCAUUGCUUGCUCUUCACUGCGGCCCUAGUGGACGAGCCUGAAAAGGCCCUCUUUAACAGUGGGUAGGGCUGCAGCCACACAAUGUUAAUACUGUUUAAGCAGUAGCUAAAACAGCUUGGUAGAUCCCAUGCUAUGGGUCUUCUCUCUCUGUGUGUGUGUGUGUGUGUGUGUGUGUGUGUGUGUGUGUUUCGCUGAUUUAUCCUGUCCUCUUGACUGUACACAUUUAUCUUUCUGUUAUUUAUUAAGCUGGUGUAAAUUUCAUAUACAUAUAACUGUCUCUUUGUUUGUGUGUGUCCUGUAUAUAUAAAUAUAUAUGAAUAUGUAUAACUGAGUAAAAAUGAUAGGAAGCUGUACCGUGUCCAGUUUCUGCACAGAAGUUCUUGUAUGUUCUUAGAGUGGAUGUAUGCUCCAUAUUAAAACCAAGUCUGCUUGAGAA